UCCAGACAGCCAUCUUAGCAUAUUUUGCCUCUCGUCGUUGCUCGCAAUUUUGUGAAUCGUUGACAUUUUCACGAAUCUUCGUCGAUAAUCAAACACUUUCUCCGUCGACCGCAAGCAGGUAGCUCGCGUCAGGAGCACAGUCGCCUCGGCGCUAAGAUGGCGGCCGACCGUCGCGAGGACAAAGAUGGCGAGCUCACUGUUCUGGAAGACAUUUUGACUGAAGCGCCGGAUCAGGAUGACGAGCUGUACAACCCUCAGACGGAGCGACACAUCACAGAUAAGAAAGGAACAAAGCGGAAGAGCGACCAUUCAGAGUGCCAUGACCGCAAGCGGCUACGGGGCUCCUCUGGCCACACCCCUUCUAGAUCAUCUUCGGCCAAUAAGAGAGGCUCAGGCGCCCCCCUAUCAUCAUCGUCCUCUAAGAGGUCAGCUACCAGUCCUCACAGACGCCACGUUAGCAGCUACCGCGGCGGCGACGACUACGAUGAACGAAAGAGCCGCCGGGGGACGAGAGACGCAGGCCGUAGCAGUGGAGGCGAAAGAACCAGACGGAGACGCUCUCCCAGGAACAGCGACGCCGCCAAGCAGGUGUGCCAAAUUUCACAGCUUUGUAUGACGCCGCUGCCAUUAACGCGUCGUGGUAGCAGUGGGGUGGCGGACAUUCUAUUUCUCCAUAAGCAGACCUUCGUUCAAUAUGCUGCAAUUAGGUUUUUUUUUUGGUCACCUUUUUUUUUCUCCGUCAGUUUCUCAGACGACGGCGAGUCGGCGCACUCGGCCUCGGGCUCCGACGUCUCAGGUUCCGAGAAGAAGCGGGAGAAGCUUUCGUCGUCGGUGCGAGCCGUCAAUCCCACCAGUAACCUUCGCUACAUCCUGCGCGAGUCGCGCUUCUUCGUCAUUAAGAGCAACAACCACGAGAACGUCUCACUGGCCAAAGCCAAAGGUGUGUGGUCCACGCUGCCCGUCAACGAGAAGAAGCUGAACGCGGCCUUCCGCGCGGCUCGCAGCGUCAUCCUGGUCUUCUCUGUCCGGGAGAGCGGAAAAUUCCAAGGUUUUGCCCGCUUGGCUUCUGAGUCUCUUCACGGCGGCUCUCCCAUCCACUGGGUGCUUCCUGCCGGCAUGAACGCCAAGAUGCUGGGUGGCGUCUUCAAGAUCGAUUGGCUCUGCAGGCGGGAGCUCUCCUUCACAAAGACGGCCCACCUUUCCAACCCCUGGAACGAGCACAAGCCCGUCAAGAUCGGCCGUGACGGACAAGAAAUCCAGCCGGACGUCGGCGCUCAGCUCUGUGCGCUCUUCCCUUUGGACGAGAGCGUGGACAUCCACCAGGUGGCCCGGCGCGUUCGCCACAAGCGUGAGACCCCUUCGGAAACGCGACCCCGCGGCCGUCCGCCGCUGCGCGAGCCGGGAAGGCGUCGUCUCGAAGAGUACGACCUCCACGGCAGGAAGCGACCUCGGGCAGAAUGUCCGGACUUCAACCAACGAUCAGGCUUUAUCCCAGACCUGCGUAACCAGCCGGUGGAGAGGCGUUUCUCCAAUGUGAGACGGGACAUUUUCCUCAAUGGGUCUUACGACUACAUGCGAGACUAUCACCACAACGUGGGACCGCCGCCUCCUUGGCAGACGUUGGCCGCAUACCCCGUGGAGCAGCCGGCACCCCACCACCCUCCCUACUACCACCACAACCAUCCCCCGCCACCCCCGCACCAGGCAUACCACCACCAUCCUAUGCCGCCGCACGAGGGGCCGCCCCCUCGCUUCCGAGACAAACAACGAGUUGCGGCGCCGCCGCAUCGUGCCUUCGCGUCCAGUCCGCACGACUACGACAUGCGCGUGGACGACUUCCUGCGGCGGACGCAGGCCGUGGUGAGCAGUCGGCGGGAACGCGAGCGUCAGCGCGAGCGCGAACGAGUCGGACCGAGGCGAGAACGAGAGCGGCCCAGGGACCGAGACCGGGAGAAGGAGAGGGGGCGCUACCGCAGAUGAGAGAAGUGACGUCACGAAAG